AGCAGGACAGGCGCAUUUUUUCGUUUUAUUCAUCAUUCUCAUUAGAACCGUUGCGGAAAAAACGACGAAUAUUCUCAAGAAUAAUACGGCAUUCCAUUUCGACACAAAAGUCUCUUUGCUUUCGUGGUAAUACAGAAUUUUGUGCAGCAGAAAUAAAAACGCUAACACUUUUGCUUUUCAGUCGACGACUGAACCAACGUGGUUAAAAAAAAAUUGUGCUAAAAUAACGGAAUAAAUUCGUUUAAGCAAAUUUUCUUGUGAAUAAGAAUCAAGUGAAAAGAAAAAGUUUUUCUUGUGAAGUUUAACAUUUAUUUUUUUUUAUUUUUUUUCUGCUCAUUCACGUUCCUUUGCUUCGCGUGAGCAAAUCACAAUUUGAUUCCGGUUGUGUGAAUACGCGACACAAACCGAAGAGGAAGCAAAAAAAAAGAAUAUAUAAAAAAAGCGAAACCGAACUUUAUCACCUGAUUCUCUUAUAACAUUCCGAUAACUCGGUGGAAUUGAAACGUGUGUGUGGGUGUGUGGAUGUGGAGAACAAGAGUGAGAGAAAGAGGGAUAGAAAUUGCAAGGAAGAAAUCAAAGAAAAUUUGCACUCAACACUCACAGCGCUAUGGUUUUGUGGCAGUGUGACUUGCGCAAAUCAAAUCGUUAAAACAUAAAAUUCCAUCUACUGUUACCGCAAAAACGUUAGGAAAACAACAUCGAAAUCGAAUCAACGUGAGAGUAAGACAGAGAACCGAGAGCAGCAGCAGCAGAAGAAGAAAUACAGAAAAGCACACACGCACACACACACACCUGAAGUCGCACACAACUGAAUUCGGUUGAGGAAAGGAUAAGUGGUUCUCUGUGUGUCUUUUUGAUGGUGAAGCGUUUGAAAACACGCAAAACGAACAACGCACUGCUGCAUUAAAUCGCUCAAAAUACCGUGCGAAUAUCAACAGAAAUACAUUUUUUAACGAAUCGAUUCCGACGAGAAAUUAGUAGUGAUUUUCGAUUUGCGGUGGGUAAAUUCAAAAAUUCAUGAACUGAACUCGUGUGAGCGGAUGAACGUGCGAACGAGCCAAAUCAACGAUAGUUCAAUUUUUUUUCCUUCGAUGGAAAUUAUAUUUUCAAAGUGAAAACAAACAGUUUUUAUACAUGGCUGAAUAUUGGUUUUAUCGAUAAAUUCGAAUAAUUGAAACGUGAGUGUUUUCAGUUUUUUCAACGUGUUCUGUGAAAAGAAGAUAAUCGAAAAGUUCAUGGAUAUUUUUUUCUUCGGUGAGUGUAUAAACUAAAAGCAACAAUUAUAAACAGAAGAAAAACAGACGAAUAGACGUUAAUCUGUCAUCAAUUUAAAAGGUAUGUGUUGAAAAAAAGUGUACAAUCACAACAAAAACUAUACAUUUAACGUUGAAAAUGAGCCAUUUUAUGGAGCUUCAUAUGCCUAGGCCUCUCAACGAUGACAAACAACGCCAAUAAAUAUUGAAACAGAUGAAAUAAAUAGAGUAAAUACAAGUCAUUUUCCAUUGUCUGAUGAUUUGUAUGGGAAUUUCGCAGAUGUUUGAUAACAAAAACCAUACAAUUUUUUGAAGAAGAAAAAGACACAUCCUUCCUUAACUUGCUAGACUCAAGCAAAAAAAUAUUCACACAAACAACAAACUGUAAAUCAGACUGUGAUUGACCGAGCCCGAAAAUAAGUGAAGAAAAUGGUAACAAUUAUUCAUUAGUCUAUCGAAUCACGCAAUAAAUCCAGCAAUUGAUCCGAAACAUACUUGAAAAAUUUCAAACUCAAAACGUUCGAGCAUAUGAAUAAUGAAAUAGAUGAAAAAUAAAACAGAUUCGUAUUCGGGCGGUUUAAAUAUUGGACAUACACACAGAGAGAACAGAGGGAAAUAAAUCCGUUCGAUACACAAUCGUUUUUUGUUGAUGGUUAUUUUCAAUUGCAUAAAGGCAACAUAGGCCAACCAAAACAAACAAAGCGGCCGCAUAAAAACAAAAAUAAACAACAUAUGUUCGGUUCGGGCAUUUUGGGUACAAGUUGAAAAACGCAUCCAUAAAGAUUAGGUUUGGUGUUGCUGCAUAUAUUCAAUUAAAUGCCAUGCGUAUUGUGCAACAUCGAUUCGACUAAUUGUUUUCAAGUCUGGAUGAGAGAGAGAGAGAGAGAAAGAGAGAGAGAGAGAGAGAGAGUAAGAAACAAGAGCACUUUAUUUGACACAGAACAAUCCAUUGAAAUGGAACGAGUUCGAGCGUGUGAGUGAGCAAGCGUUAAGUGAAUGUGUGUAUUUGGACUGGAGAGUGUGGCUUAAAAGUGGCCCAGAGAAAAUUCUCUCUCAUUCUCAUAUAAUCAAACAAUCGAAAUAGACUCCAAGUGCUAUUGAAAGUGCGGUACCAUUUCGGUGUGAUCGAUUACGAAGCAUCUCGUUUGGCCGAAGCACGUUUCGAGUGAGUGCUGAGAUCAACGUCAAUUGACUUAUUUAUUGGAUUGAUUUGUACUCCAGUACCGCUGCUCAUAGAGGAGGAGAAGAAGAAGCAAACACGGACAAGUUCAUUUGAAUGAACAAUUGGCCAACGGAAAUAGAGCGCCAGUGGAAUCAGAUAUAUCAAAGUAAAAAUAGACGGCGUACAACACGUGUUGGGGCUUAAAAAAGCAUAUUCAAAGACGUGUAUAUACUUGUUUUAUCUGGACCGUCAACCGAAUGAAUUGGCAACGACAAUGAUAAUGUCAAUUUCGUUGAACCAACACAUUUGCAUGGAAUUAUUUGGGCUGUUGCUCAUUAUAGCGUGUGUAAGCCCAUUCACAACGCAUCUGAUCGAACAACAACAGUUUGCCAUGGAGCCACAGGAUCAAGUGGCAGUCGUUGGUGCACGUGUCAUUUUACCGUGUCGUGUUCUCAACAAAAAGGGAAUUCUUCAAUGGACCAAAGAUGAUUUUGGGCUGGGAACGAAACGGCGUUUGGUUGCCUUUGAGCGAUAUUCGAUGAUUGGUAGCGACGAAGAAGGUGACUACUCAUUAAAUAUUUACCCAGUCAGGCUCGAAGACGAUGCAAAAUAUCAAUGCCAAGUUGGACCAGGGCAACAUGGUGAGCACGGCAUUCGCUCCAACUAUGGCACAUUAUCUGUUUUAAAAUCACCUGAUCCACCGAAAAUAUUACAAGGAGAUUAUAUGGUGACAACUGAAGACCAUGAAAUUGAAUUGGAAUGCGUAUCGGAAAAUGGCAAGCCGGCAGCUGAGAUAACAUGGAUUGAUGGUUUCGGAAAUGUUUUGACAGCGGGCGUUGAAUAUAUAAAGGAGCCGUCACCUGAUAGUCGGCUAUCAACAGCCAAAUCCAUUUUGAAGCUGAAAGCAAACAAAGCACUCCAUAACAAAACGAUUCACUGUCAAGCACAAAAUAGUGCUGACAAGACGUAUCGUUCGGCAAGCAUCCGAUUAGAGGUGAAAUAUGCACCAAAAGUGGUAAUUGACAUAAUCGAAGGUGCACUGGAUACGGGCCGAAUACCGCUCGAUAAUGCCAUUCGAUUAAAAUGUAACGCUGAUGCACAUCCUAAUGAACUGACAUAUCAGUGGUACAUCAAAGAUGAAAUGAUUAUCGGAGCAACAUUUAGUGAACUGGAUAUACCAAGCGUAACGCGUAAACAUCAACAUUUCGUCGUAAAAUGUGAAGCGCAAAACGAAGUUGGAUUAAGUGCUGCCACAGAGACAUUAGAUGUAAUCUAUCCACCAAGUUUCAUACAACGACCAGAAAAUGUCGAAUCGGAGAUGGGUGAAAAUAUCACGAUGACUUGUCUCGUUGAUUCUAAUCCAAAGGCUGACAUUAUUUGGGUGUUCGAUCCCAUCGAUCGCAUGAAUUUUCAGCCGAGAGUUGUGGGUACAUCGUCAACGCUUCAUUUGAUUGCAUCGAACGAAACCGCUGGCCGAUACUAUUGCAAAGCGCAUAGCAGUGGCUUUACCGAGAUUAGUUCCGAGGCAUUAGUCAUACUGAAAGGGCCACCGAAAAUUAUAUCGCGUGCACAACAGCAACCGUUGGACACUGAUACAUACGAAAUUGAGUGCAUGGCCAUUGCUGUGCCAAAAGCAAAGCACGUUUCAUGGGCAUUCAACGGUGUUUUAAUUGAUGUGGACAAAGAUUUGGGAUUCUCGCUACGACAAGAUGUACUCUACGACCGUAUUAAAUCAACGCUACGCAUCGAAGAGAAUCAUCGCAGCCGCUUUGGCACAUACACUUGCACGGUCAUCAAUAAAUAUGGAUCGGACACGCUCGAGAUUGUUUUCAACGAACGAAGAAAAUUGCCGAUCAUCAUAAUUGCAUCCGGCUCAUUUGCUAUCUCACUGCUAAUCAUUGCCAUUUGUUUUGCCAUAUGCUGUUGUUGCGUCAGAGGUAGCAAAAAACGACAACUUCCGCCCGCCGACAUUAUACCAAAGGUGAAUCAUCAACAGCCAAAGGUGAAAACAAAUUCUUUGAAGAAGAAAGACUUAUCCAAAACAGAAAUACCUGCCACUGUCACAGUUGAGCCCGAAUACCAAGAGAGUAACUCUGGUUCUUACAGCACAACGACGACGCUUUCAAUGAACAAAACUGAUUUGAUUGGCAGUAAACUGCUAUCGAUCCCACCAACGAUUAGGUAUUCGGGUCCUCUAACGGAAGGUUUCACCGAUUCAACGAAUCAAUCGAUAACUGGUAGCUAUGUCGAUUUUUCUCGCGAUUAUUACACGCCAAUACAUAAUGCCAGCAAUUUUCUAAUACAAAGCACAUUGCAACAAGGCGAAACACCAACAUAUGUCUAAUUUGUUUCUGUCACGCAUUUUUUUAAACAUUAGCUAAUUACUAGGAUUUUCUUACGACGAUAGAAGUUUAGUAUCAUUCAAUUAAUUUAAUUUUUAAGUAAGUUCCAAAGUUUCCAAUAUUUUCUAUUGGGUUAUUUCAAGUUAGGUUCAAUUAUGGUAAAAUCGAUUUUUGUGAUUAGUUGUAUUGAAGAAACAGGCCGGUGCAAAAAGUCGAUGGAUUUGACAAAGUCAACCAAAUUCAAUUUGUCGAAGCAUAAUUCCAAAAUGGUUGCGACAUUUUUUAAUUUCAAUAUUUUUUUCAAGCGGGUGAAAAGCCACAAGCCAAUGUAUUGACAUUUAGUUGUAGUUUCAGUUUAAGCACCAAAUACUGUGAUACGUAGUAAUUGUAAAAAGGAAAUGGUUUUUUUUUUGUAGAAAUCGUUCGAUGAAUUGCAACAAAAUAAUAUUUUUGACCAAAUCAUAAAUUCUAUUUAAGAAAGAAAGUCGUUGGGACAGCGCAAGUGACAAUUUAUCUAAGAAGUCAUCCCUGAUUGAGAAUAUGAAAAAAAAAACAAAUCUGUGAUACUUGCCAUCAAUUUCAUUCUGAAUUUCAUCAAUUUGACUCUUAUGUCUCUCGUCUAUGAAAGACAAUUUUCUCCUCUCUAUUCUCCCUUUUACUCCGAACGAGUUCAGCAAACUCUGUCCAUUUUGAUUCAAAUUCCGCAUCGUUUGUCAUGGUAAAAUAUGUAUGCAUCUUAAUAUAUGAAUGGGGUGGAAUGCCAAUAAAAAAAAAUGAAAAAUCGUUUGCUUCCGAGCCACAAUGCACCGUUUGCACAAUGUAAAUGGUAAUUUUGUAAAAUUGUAGCAUACAAACACAUAUAUUCAUAACACAAUCAAGAAUCAAGAGCAUUCCAAAAUGUAAUAAUAUGCAUUGAUUGGUUGUGGCAAUCAGUAUCAACAACUUUGAUAUUCGAACUAAGUGCUCGAUUUGACGCGAUAUUUUGUUAGAAUAUAAGCUCUACAUAUAUAUACACUAUAACAUACAAUCAACAACACUUAUCACUUAUGAAUAAUUAACAUGCGAAACUUAAUUAAGGAAUCGAUUUAUGAAUAAAUAAUUUCACUCAAUCUCCCACUCUCCUCUCAUUGGGCACAUGAAAAUCGAUAUCGGCAAAUUACACGCUGCGAGCGGAAUUGUUAUUCCAUUGGCACAUUGGCAUGGAAAUACGAUGGUAUGCCAUCUAAAUGCCACAAAAUUGUUUACUCUCACAACCUAUUGUAACUGGAUCUUCGAUAAAUCUAAAGAUUUUAACAAUCUAAAGCAUUUUCAUACUAUCACACAUUUGAAUGAGUUCUAUAGAGGUACUAAUAUGCUGGAUAGAAAGUUUCAUUUUACACAUGAUAGAAUUAAAAUGUAAUUAUGAUUAAGCGGGUGAUUGUAAGUAUUGUAAAACUCAACGCCGAAUAUGCUGGCUCAAACGAAGACGUCAACACACACUGAUUGAACCGCAACAAAGGCGCUCAAGAGUCUCAUUUAGUUGUUAAGUUUUCAAAGAUUGAACAUAAAAUUGAAAUUUUUAGUUCAUAAUUUAUCGAGGUAGCUAGGAUCUGAUGAAUGAAUAAAAUGAAAUCGUGAAAGGUAUAUGAGAAAAAA